AUUUCGUAUCACCCAAAAAUGUGUUUGGGGUUUGUGGUUGGACACAUCAUCAUUAAUACUAAUUCUUUACAUUUUGCCUCAACGGCGUCAACGACAAACGAGAGCGAACCCACAAGCUAAGAGAGGAAUGUUGUUUUUUACGUCUCGUGAAAGUUUUGAUGUUUGAGAAUUAAACGUGUGUUGAUGCUUUGUGCGUCGAUUAAAGAAGAUUUGUGAUGUGAACAGGAAGCUGAAGAUUUUGAUUUCAUCAUUUGAUCGUACAAAUAAUAUUAUCACAUGAAAUUUCGUAUGAGGGUAUGAAGUUCGACAAACCCAACAUGCGUUUAUGGUUGAAGCUCGACACAUCGUCAUCAACAAUAAUUCUUAACAUUUUGCACGGCAUCAACGAGACGGCACCAAUGGCAAACGAGAGCGAAACAACAUUCUAAGAGAGGAAUGUUGUUUAUCACGUUUCGUUGAUGGUUUGAGUGGGAGCGACAAAUAAGUGGUACUCUCUGUUUAUUUCGGUCAUCGACACAAUCAAGACGGACUGUGUAAUGGAUCCGUUACGUCCAGCACGCGUGGAAGAAUUGAAACAUCUCAUUGGCAUAUACAAACAAUUUCUUCCACAGUCGAUCCAAUUUGUGUCACUGUUGCAAAAUAUUUUACGCACCAAUCUCACACUUCACGACACUGAUAAGGAGCAAGUCUCCCAUCGACUACAAAAAACUGUUUACAUUCCCAACAAUGAGAAAGGAAAUCGUUUGGCAACCUUUGUAGCCAUCAGUCGUGAAGAGGACCUAUUCAUCUUUAUGAAUACAUUGGAAGUUCCUCCUACGGAGCUUACGCACGCUCUCGAGCACACCACUUACAUUAAAUGGGGAAUCAAACCUAUGUUUGUGAUAGGUGAUAACAGUGAAAUUCGUGCAAAGCUAUCUCAAUUAACAGUGGAACCCAAAGUUCAGUUCGAAAGUUGGUCCGAUUGUGUUAACUAUUGGAUGCCACAAACAGAAGCUGCUAAGCUUAGUUAUAUCGUUCCAGGCGACGUAGAACUAAAGCCAUUACAAGUUCAACAUGCCAAACAAUUAAACGAAUGGUGGCCAUAUCGCUACAGGACAUCGCAGCAAUACUUCGAAUCUGCCAUUAAAUAUUUUGGGGCUUUCGGUUUGUUUGACAAAACAUCGGGAGAACUAGUAGCAUGUGUGUUCCAGAAUGAUCAUGACGCUGUGGGACACCUAUAUACAGUUCCCGAACGUUGCAAUCGAGGCUACGGAUGUACUCUUGCAAAAGCUAUAACUAAACAUAUUGCUGUUCAAUACAAGCAAGAUGUGCAUACUUUCAUCGCUGGAAAUAACGAAAUAUCAAUACGACUGUUCAACAAAAUAGGAUACAAAGCUGUAAGCCGAACGGAAUGGCUUGUUGCAUCGAAACAUUGAUACAAAACGUUGAUUCGCUUGGCAUGAAACAAUGUUGUUGAUAAAAUAAUUUCUUCUCAAAAUCUAUAGAACUACGAAAAUAAAAUUAAAAAUUUCCAUUUCCAAUGA